AUGCGCGCAAAGACAGCAUGUCAGGUGCGGGUGCAAGACGAGUGCCGGCUCUUUUGGCACGGCGUCGUGGAAAGCUUCGGUGUAGAGUGGAAAAUGACAAAGGAAGGUGGCGGAGGCCCCAACGCAUCUGCUGUGCAAGACUCCACGAAAGAUGAGGCGGCUUCUGCGGCAUCUGUGCUGCCGUCACCUCCCCUCGUCGCACCCUCCUUCCCGGACACGGACAACGAACGCGUUCGCAGUCCUCCGCUUGCCGACACCACGGCGCGCCCUUCCCCUGUUGUCUCACCCGGCGCGUCUGCUCUCGGCGAGGUGGGGGUCCAUCGCACCGUUUCGCUUCCCCCCUCGCCUGUGCGCUUCGCGUUGAUGCCGCCGUGGAGCUUGGUGGAGUAUGACCCGAAGAUGUGGAUGCUGCUGCGCAAGAACCUCGUGGCGAACCUGGCGCUCAUGGCGCUCACGGUGACGUACAUGGCACUUUCCCACAGCCUUGCCGCGACGUCGAGAUUCUCUUCUACUGUCCAAAGUGAUGCCUCCUCGGCGCUCUCUCCGCAUGUGCACAGCACCGGAGACACCUCGCCAUCACGCUCUCUUACAGGCUGGAUCGCGUUCUGCUGGUUGCGCCUCUUUCUCUGGAUGCUUAAGUACAUGGGUCAGUGGCCCUUCUACACCGUUCUGCAGAUUAUCGGAUUGGUGUGGUACAACCAACUCUACCGUGAGACGUGGCUGGUGCGGAAGGGGUGGGUGCUGCGCGGCACACGGCUGCGGGAGGCGUCGCCGCUGACAACAACAACAAAGAAGAGCCCCACCGCGGCGACCACGACGACGACGACGGCCUUUCUUUCACCGCUGGUGGAAGGCGUGACGCGGCCGUGGCUGGCACCCAUUUCGCUGAACGUCGCCGUCCUUCAGGACCGAGGAGGGGCGCCUGCGUCAACCACCACCACCACUACUACAGAGGUAUGCCACCUGAUGCGGCAGCAGUCGUCACUGGUCCUUCACGCUUCCAUUGCCUACGGCAAGCACGUCGCGCAUCUCUUGUGGCGCAUGCUGCGUCACAAAGGCCCCACUGCCCCUCUGCAGGAGUGGGUGUUGGGCGACGCCGCAGCCUGCCAGGCAGUCGCCGGCGCUUCGUCGUCGUCGUCGUCGUCUCCGCCGUCCCAACGGACAAACCCGGACAUCUUCGAAGCGGUCACCCACCUCCUCGAGUCCACCAGCGAGAUCAUCUUCAAGGCGUUGGCCACCAUGUCCUUUGCCCUUUUUGCCUCCUGUGUGGAAGGGGUUCCCUUCCUUGGCACGCCGCUGUGCCUGCUCCUCAACGCCCAGCUGUAUGCCUUUUACGUCUUCGAUUACCGCUACGCCAUGCAGCAGCAGCCGGGCAGUGCCCACCACCGUGGCUCUGCGCUGGCCUACCAGCUGCGCCACUUUGAGCAGUGUUGGGUGUACUACGCGGGCUACGGCAUUGGGUCUGCUAUCCUGUCGCUGUGGCUGACCCAUCGUGCGGGUGUCAUUGUGUCGGUGUGCACCAUGUCUGUGUUGUACUCGUGGCAGGUGGUGUGGAGCGGCUUUGCGGUCCCGCUGCCCUCGUCGCGGCCGCUGCCGUUGUUCUCUCUCUGGUUUUGUGCGGUGGACAUGACCCAGAAGCAGUACGCGGUGCUGUGGCGCUCCGUCGUCAUUGUUGCCUUGCUUUACAUCCCUUACCAGUGUUUCUGCUACAUUUAA